AUGAUGAUUGCAAAGUUGCAAGAAAGCGUUGAAAGCCAUGUAAGCAGAAUUUUGAAAAAGACUGAAAAAGAAAAUGAAGAAGCUUUAAAGAGUCAAUCAUCCAAAUAUAGAAUUCGUUACCAAAUAGAAGAAUUGGCAUCUACAUCAGAAACACUUGGAAACAAGAAGGCUAUGGAAUCAUUAACUAAAGCUUCCCUGACAAUGUCCCUUGCAUUAGCAUAUUUGGCAACGACUAUAGUAGCAGUUGACCCUGUUGCAGCUACUGGGAAAGAACCUGUUAUUGAGUUGUACAUGCAUGACAUUCUUGGGGGCACUAACCCAACGGCACGCCCAGUGACAGGCUUGCUAGGAAGCAUAUACAGUGGUCAAGUGCCUUUUGCAAUGCCAGUUGGAUUCAAUACCCCACAAGGUGGAAUUCCCAUCCCCAAUGCCAAUGGUGCUAUUCCCACUGUCAAUGGAGUCUUUGGUAUCCCACUAGGAACCGGAUUGGCCGGUACAUCCUUUGCACAAAAUUCAGGCAACAACAACAAUCAAAAUAAUGUUCAGCUGCAGUUAGGACCUGAUGGGUUGGGAAUUGGGUUUGGAACAAUCACUGUUAUUGAUGAUGUUUUGACAUCUCAACCUGAGUUGGGGUCACAAAUAGUUGGAAAAGCUCAAGGGGUGUAUGUGGCAAGUUCAGCAGAUGGGACUAGACAGAUGAUGGCAUUUACGGCUCUCUUUGAAGGAGGGGAAUAUGGCGAUAGCUUGAACUUUUAUGGCCUGUAUAAGAUAGGAAGCACCAUGUCACAAUUGUCUGUGAUAGGGGGCACAGGGAAAUUCAAGAAUGCAAGGGGGUUUGCAGAACUGAGACCCCUUAUCCCACCAGGGCAAAUUGCCACUGAUGGUGCUGAGACACUGCUGAGGAUCACUAUCUAUUUGAACUACUAA